UGUAGAAAAUUUCGUGAAUUUUUCUCAAGCCGUUCCUGAAAUAUGAGACCGUUCCGAUACUUUUGAAAGACACUGUAUAUUUAUCUUUGUUUCAGAGAGGCAGUGACGAACUCCUGUCGCAGUCGAACGUGUCAGUAAUGGCGCCAUCUGCACCACACGCGGACAACAAUAACCAGGAAAAUGCCAAAAAGGUGAAACUCGAACAAAACGUGGGCAAACCGUCCCGCGUCAUCCACAUUCGCAACAUCCCCAGCGACGUAUCGGAGGCCGAGAUCAUCCACCUGGGUCUGCCCUUCGGUCGCGUCACCAACGUGCUGGUGCUCAAAGGGAAGAACCAGGCCUUCUUAGAGAUGGGCGACGAGCAGUCGGCUACAUCGAUGGUGGGGUACUUUUCGGGGUGCAUAGCGCAAUUGCGCGGCAGGGCUGUCUACGUACAAUACUCGAAUCACAAAGAGCUCAAGACGGACCAGACGCACUCGAAUGCGAACGCGUGCGCGCAGGCGGCCUUGCAAGCUGCGCAGGCGCUGACCACCAACUCGGCCAGCCCCACCACCAACGGCACCGCCGGCGGCCUCGUCCUCAAUCCGGCCUCGGUGGCGCUCACCAACGGCCAGCAGCAGCCGCCGGCGGACAUACAGGGCGGGCCCAACACCGUGCUCAGGGUCAUCGUCGAGCACAUGAUUUAUCCCAUCAGUUUAGAUAUUUUACAUUUGAUAUUCCAACGAUUUGGAAAAGUACUGAAGAUUGUGACGUUCACAAAAAAUAACUCAUUCCAAGCCCUCAUCCAAUACCCCGACACGCAAUCAGCGCAGCAGGCCAAGGCCGCCUUGGACGGCCAGAACAUCUACAACAGCUGCUGCACGCUGCGCAUCGACUACUCCAAGAUGGCGUCGCUGAACGUCAAGUACAACAACGACAAGUCGCGCGACUACACGAACCCGAAUCUGCCGAACGGCGAGGGUGGCGGCGGCGGCGGCGGCGAUCAGAUGGCGUUGGGCGGCAGUUUGGGGGCGGAUAUUUUGCUGUUGGCGACGCAGCCCAGGUUGGCGCGGGAAAGGCUAGCAGACUCGCUGCUCUCCGGCGCCCCCGGCGUCCUCAGCAACCCCUUCGUGCACGGCCUCGGCUCCCCCCUGGCCGCCCAGUACGGGGGCGGCAUCGCCGCCGGGCUGCCCGGCCUCGCCAACUUUGCCGCGCUGGGCGGGCAGACGGCGGGCGGCCUGCGCGGUUUGACCGCCCCCGGCAUGGCAAUGGCCACCGUGUUGCUGGUCAGCAAUCUCAACGAGGAGAUGGUCACGCCUGACGCUCUCUUUACACUAUUUGGGGUGUAUGGCGACGUGCAACGGGUGAAAAUCUUGUAUAACAAGAAAGAUUCGGCCCUAGUUCAACUUGCUGAACCACAUCAGGCUCAUUUAGCAAUAACCCACAUGGACAAACUGAAAGUGUUCGGCAAGAACAUCAGGGUGAUGCUGAGCAAGCACCAAUCGGUGCAGAUGCCGAAAGAGGGCCAGCCUGAUGCCGGCCUCACCAAGGACUACAGCCAGAGUCCGCUGCACAGGUUCAAGAAGCCAGGCUCGAAGAACUACCAGAACAUCUAUCCGCCCUCGUCGACGCUGCAUCUGAGCAACAUCCCGGCCACUGUCAACGAGGACGACAUCAAGGAGGCGUUCACCAAGAACGGGUUCACGGUGAAGGCGUUCAAAUUUUUCCCGAAAGACAAAAAGAUGGCACUCAUCCAGCUCCCCAGCAUGGAAGAAGCAGUGGUGGCGCUGAUAAAAAUGCACAACUACCAAUUAUCGGAAUCCAAUCAUCUGAGAGUCUCGUUCUCAAAGUCAAAUAUAUAAUUAGUCGGAUAAUCCAACACAAACAAAAAACAAAAAAGAACAGUAUUCAUUCCAUUUUGAGUUGUGUCAAAGACACGGCGUGUCAUGGUAGCUAAAUGAAGUUGUAAUACAGCGCGCUUAUUUAUUAUACUUUACGUAGACUGUUGAUUUGGCAGGAUUUAGCUUUGACAGACAGUAUGAUCUAAGUAAGUAUUGUAUUUUUUUAUCGUUUAAGUUAGGUUAAGUUGUUAAGUAUUACGUACCAAUUCAAAAUCUCUGUAUUCUCAAUCGCAAAGUAUUUUCUCGAUUAUUAUAAUUAUAUAAUUAUCUCAUUGUGUUUGGUGUUCAGUAUUGACAGGCUUUAAUACUGUUAGAAACAAUUUUUAGGGUUAUUAUGUCCCGAGACGGGCAAGCAGCGAUGUUAUUUUUUGUAAGUUUAUAGAAAUGUUUAUCUCAUGUUGUAUAGAAAAAAAACAUGCAAAAAUCAACGGGAAUGUUCCUGGAACAAGGACCGGGACUAGUAUUAUAUAUGGCUAGUAUUGUUAGUGAUGUCGCGGAAUUUCUAGAAGUAACGGUAGUUAUUUAGCCAGUGACUAGAAUAGGAGUACCACAGGGUCUAGUUCUACCCUAGGGAUAUGAACGUAUUUCUUAACAUGUCUUCAUCAGGAAACGAUUCGUAUUGUAAUUUUUCUUUUGGUGGCAGACAUGUCCUCGACUCUUUCGAAACUCGUAGCGAAUCUCCAAUUUUGGUUUAGGUCCAUGGUAGGAUAUGUCUGCCAAAAACUGCAUUCUCCGCGUCAUUUUUGACAAAACUGAAGGUUGAUAACGGUUCAAAAUGCGCCAUUCAAUUCGAGGUUUAAAACUGGGAGGCAAGGUGAAUGCUUAUUGAUGCAUGUCUUUCAUUUCUAGGUAUUUACUUUUCGAGCCAAUACAUCAUAAUUCACAGCAGAAUGAUUAUCAAUUGCUGUUUUUCGUUUUACC